AUGGGGUGUACACCUUCCCACAGCCACCUUGUCAACAGUGUCACUAGGAGUGGCUUCCAGUUUUUUAAAAAGCCCAAAGCAAUUUUGCCAGAACCCCAGGGGGGCAGUGACAGAAGCCCCAACCCACAGCUGAUUCAGAACUGCACUUGCUAUGACACUGGGGGGGCCUUGGCCCAGAGACAGAGGCUGGCCGAGGGACAGCCACAUUUCAGACGGCCCCAAGCCCCGGCUGAAGAGAAGCUCACGGGAGGUCCCACCUGCGGCAGCAGGAAAGCCAUGGAAGGUCUGGUCCCAAACACCAGAACCCCCCCACCACGGUCACACAAGCCACAGAGCAGCAGAGCUAAGGGCCUCCAAUUCAGCCCACGGGGCUCCCGUGGGUCCCCGGGAUCAGCCUUUUCUGGGGAGGACAGUGAGGACAGUAAUGCCCCGGAGGGCUCCAAAGGGCAAAGGAAGCCAAGACACCGCACGUCGGGCCAGCGGGGCCACCGCCCCCCAACCGCGCCCCCAGCUCCGGCAUCUGAAGGCCAGGCGGACUUCCCCGAGGCCCUGGUGAAGGCCCACCGGCUCGCCUAUGCCUACCUGCGUUCCAGCCUCUCCAGGUACGAAGUGAUUCUGUGCCUCACCCAUCAGGCCAUGCGGACCCAGGAACUGCUGCAGCCCAUGGUCAACUUCCUGCUGCUGUGCUUUGACCAGGUCCACCAGCUCUUGGGGGAGAUGGCCCAGGAUGGAGAAGAGCUCCUCCGGGAAGUCAGGGAGGAGCUGGCUCGGCCCUGGAGGCUGGGGACGGCCCAGGAGCAGCCCGAUCUCCUGCAGCAGCUCCUGCAGUACACAGUGAGCAAGCUGCAAGCGCUCAGCGGCUCGGCGGCCUCCCUGACCGGCGGCCUCCUGGAGGGCUCCGGCAGCUACCUCCACUCCACGGUGAGCCUCUUGGCAGGUAAGCUGAGCGCCAAGAGGGGUGCGGAUGAACGCCUCCGAAAAACUCUGGGGCGCCUGGAGAGCUUGGCAAGUGGCCCCAGUGACCCUGGGGUGCAGGGUCUACCUUUAUGCUCUGAGGACAGUGGCAUUGGUGCAGACAGUGAGUCUGGGCAGCUGGUGGACAAGCUGGGCAAGCAGGCAAGCUGGGACUCAGUGUCAGAGCCUGCAGAGUGGAAGGUCGGGACUUCAGCCACAGAGGAGGCCAGGCUUUCAGGAUAUGUACAGCAGCAGAGGCCACUCUGGAUGGGUCCAGACAGACUCCUGGACUGUCCGUUCUCAAGGCUUCUUAUGGCACAGACUGAGCCAGCAGCACAGGGUGCAGCAGGGAGCCCCUGGCCCGAUAGCACCAUUCCAGAAAAUACUACCGACAGGCCUUUAACUCUGAGCAAUAAUGCUCUGUGCAGUUCCCUUGGGCUGGGGCUCUCUGCAGCACCACUUCCUUCCAAAGGCUCCCGGUUGAUGGACACACCAUCCUUCUGGGAGGACAGCAGCCCAGAGAGAGAGGAAAAUAGAGUUAAUGGCAUAAACCCAUGUGCAGGGCAGGAAGCUGCCUCUCAGCCAAGGCCAACAUCUUCACCAGCUAGUGCAGAAAGUACCUUUCAGCCUCGCCUCAGGGAACUGAGGAGGCACCAGGCCCAGGAAAUGAUUCUAAAGAUGAAGGAAGCAAUCAGUGAAAGGAUUAAGUUUGUCCCUGUGCCCUCUGGGCACCAGGACUGGGCUGAGGAGGAGGAGAGCACCACCCUGCCCCCACCAAGGCCGCACACGGUGGGUGGCAGCAGGAGGGGCCCCGCCGGGCAGAGGAGGUGCCAGUCAGAGGCCUGUCUGCAGAGUCAGGUGGAGGACCCCACCUUCCAGGAGCUGCGCAGGGCCCAGAGCGACCUCAGCCUUAGGCUAGACAUGUUCUGUGCGCUGCACACCAGACAGCAGGGACCGAGCAAGGUGCAAGCCCCACAGCCCAGGGCAGCAGCUCUGAGGCCGGACAGCUGCAGGCUCGCCCCGAGCAACACCACCCGCAAGCUGAAGGCGUCCCUCGCCAAGAACUUCAGCAUUUUGCCAAGUCAGGACAAGACCAUUUUGCAAAACCACAGCCCCCACCCAGAGGGUAACCAGGCCUGGCAGGGGCUUCCCCAGUCUCCCCCAGCAGGUGACAAGGUCAGCGAGGCUUCUGGGACCAAGGACAGAAAGGGUGCAGGCCCUCCCUCCAGAAUGUCCGUCAAGAAACUCAUCGAAACUUUCAGUUCCCCUGAGAGCCCGAGGACACUGGGGAAUUCCCAGGGGUCCCGGACAAGCCCCAGGCUCAGCAAGUGGGGUGUCCCUGUUCUACCUCCCCGGUUUCCCAUGUACAGGGACUUUGCUGCUUUGUAUUCAAAACCCCAAAUGCCUCCAACAGGAAGAGGAUCUCCCAAAGUGGACCCCGACGAGAGGCCCUUCGCCCCUAUCUUCCCGCCUCUGCUCACAGCCAGAGCACCCACAAGUGGGAGCUUCAGCGAUGACAGGGAGGCAGACCCAGAGUUUCUCCCCCCACCACCUCUGGAAAUCCUGAUGGACAAAUCUUUCACUUCUCUGGAGCCCCCAGAAAGUAGUCAGCUGGCAAGGAGCUCCCCUGAAGCACCUGGUGUGCCAGCGCUGGGCAGGGCUGACCCAGCAUGCGGGGUGUGGGCUCCCCCAAAGCUGAGAGCCUCCCUGAGCCCCCUGAACCUACUGCCCAGCCGGAGCACUGCCAUACCCACCAGGUCGCCCAGCUGUGCAGGGCCAGGGAGCCACCACAGUGUGGACAGUGCUGGGAAGCUGGGCUGGAGCCUCAGCCACCUGCCGGCAGCCAGCGAGGGGGACCGGGACGGGGCUCAGAGACAGGCACGAGCGGACAGGGCGGCAAGCCUGACCAGGCAUCCCCGGAAGGCCGUGCCGGGGCACCACUCCAGCCACACGUCUGCGCACAAUGGGACCUCAGAAUCCAGCCUGGCCAGGCCAGUGCGAGGGCCACUGGAGCCCGAGCGCAUGAGGCAGAGCCAAGAGAGAAGCCCUGCCAUGGUCAGGAAGGCCUCUCCCACCAGGGCCCGCUGGGCACCCCGAAUGGACAAGAAGCACCCUGGCCUGGCCUCCUCUCCCAGACCUGCCCAGCCAAGUGCCUCCACGGUGCACGCCUCCCCCAGCCCGCCACUCAGCUCUCCCGUGAGCCCGAGGGUGCUAAGCCCCCCAGCAGUGAAGAAGCGAGGUUCUCCACCUCCCCAACACAGGCUACAUGGCCCUCCCCCAAAGAGCCCGCCCACUCAGCAGCAGGUCUCCGGCCCCCACUCCCAGCGCACAGAAACAAAAUCCCCUUCCCUUGGGCCAUCCCCAGCGUCUCCAGUGUCCCCUCCUCAGGGGUGCGAGGAAAUGGGGAAUUCUGCAGUCAGCCUGGCAGCCGCAGCCAAAGCAUCUGGGAACACACGCUCCAUCUUCUGCCCGGCCACCUCCUCUCUGUUUGAAGCUAAAUCACCCUUGUCAAUGGCCCACCCGCUCACGCCACCCCCGCCGCCAUCGGAAGAUGGGAGUCCUCGUGGGAGCCCCCUGGGAUGCAGGAGAAGCAGCUCAGGGCCACCCCUCAAGGGGGGGUCCCAGAGGGCCGUGGCUCUGUGUACCCUCAGUCCCCAGCCUUUCGCCAGAAGGACAGCUUCGGACCCCUGGCCAGGCCUCCGCGCCCGACUGCCUGGCUCCGGCACCACCAGCUGUGCGUGGGCACCCCAGGGGGCCCUCAGCAGCAGCAGUGAGGACGCGGCGCCAUGGAGCAGUCCUCGUGCCCCAGAACCGAAGGGCGGCGAGGGGGCAGCACCCCCAGACUUCUGUGUGCUUGGCCACGGGCUGCACCCACCCUGCCCCGUGCAAGCCCCAGCCAGGAGCACAGCCCCAGGGGAAGGAAGUGGCCUGACGGGCUGGCCAGCACGGCCCCGCGGGUGCCGGUCAUCGAAGUCCACAGAGGAGCCAGCCAAGCGUCAGGCUGCCCCAGCGAUGGUGGGCGGACAAACGCCCAUGGAGAUGCCCUCGGGGGGUCUGGAAGGCGCCCUGCCCAGCAGGUCUGCGGAAUUCUAA